AUGGCGGAGGCUUUCGAGCAAUCAAGGAGGCGUAGGCUGAUCUUCCAAGAGGAACCUGAGGAGGAGGAGGAGACCAUUGGAGAUGGGUCUAAUUUACGUGCUCCUGUUGGUCCGGCAGAGGACCCUAGCACAAAACUCAGGGCUCACCCACGUCUUCGAAAAGGAGGAGCAACCUGCUCUCUUAACUCGCCUCACAAGCAUGCGGGCUCUACUCCUUCUGGUGAUCUGCUUGACUUGGAGGAGAAGGAUUUUGUUGCUUUGGAAGAGCCUGUUGACGUAGAUUAA